AUGUCUGCCGGUCCAAUGAGUAACCAGGUUAAACCCCUGGCCGGCAAAGUUGCCCUCAUCACCGGCUCCGGACGCGGCAUUGGCAGAGGCAUUGCCCUGGAGUUGGGUCUGCGCGGCGCUUCUAUAGUCGUCAACUACGGACGUAGCUCGAGCUCCGCCGAGUCCGUCGUCAAGGAGCUUGCUGAGCUGGGCUCCAAGGCCGUCGCAAUCCAAGCCGACAUCUCGAAGCCGGCGGAGGUAGUCGCGCUGUUUGAGAAAGCCGUCGCGCACUUCGGCGGUAUUGACUACGUCGUCUCGAACUCGGGCAUGGAGGUAUGGUCCGAGGAGACGGACGUGACACCGGAGCUCUUCGAUCAAGUGUUCAACCUGAACACGCGGGGGCAGUUCUUCGUCGCGCAGCAGGGGCUGAAGCAUGCGCGCGAGGGCGGGCGCAUCGUGCUUACGUCCUCGAUCGCUGCGCAGAUGGCCGGCGUGCCCAACCAUGCUUUGUACGCUGGUUCUAAGGCUGCCGUUGAGGGUUUCACGCGCGCCUUCGCUGUCGACUGCGGUAAGAAGCGCAUCACUUGUAACGCCAUCGCGCCCGGUGGCAUCCAGACCGACAUGUUCGACGAGAACAGCUGGCACUAUGUACCCGGUGGCUUCCAGGGCAUGCCCGUCGACAAGAUCAAGGAGGGUCUCGCUAGUAUGUGUCCACUAGGACGAGUUGGUGUCCCUGCCGACAUCGGGAAGGUGGUCUACUGCCUCGUGAGCGACGAGGGCGAAUGGAUCAAUGGCCAAGUCAUCCGUGCUUCGGGCGGUGGCACUUAG